AAAGUUGCUCCCACCAUAUCCAAUAAACAUACCUUUUUAUUCAUCUCUCUCUCUCUGCAUAUCAGUUUUACCUAUCUGGGUAGUUUUUUUAAUCUGCAAAAAGAGCUCUCCAUCUUCUUGUUCUUCUCCUUCAGCAUUUUCCCAUUUCCCCAAAGCAACCAGAGGUUAGACAGAGAGUCUGAGAAAUUAAGAGGUGCUCUGAGUCAGUUGAAAAUUAAAUACCCAGAAAAAAGAGAGAGGUAAAAAAACCACAUUUACUUUGUAAAAGCUUUCUUCGUCUUCUAGCUUAUUUUUUCUUCUAGGUACUUGUUGUAGAAAAACGAAAGGAAGAGACAAAGGGUGUGAAUAGUUUAGUGAUGCCGCCAAAAAAUUCUCGAAUGGCUGAUGCCUGUAGGGCAAUGAAGCCUUUUGGCAUUUCCGAAGGUCAGACAAAGGCAGCGGUCAAAGAGCUUCUGAAAGUCUAUGCAAACAGCUGGGAGUUUAUUAUUGAUGAAAAUUACAGACUUUUGCUGGACUUUGUUCUGGAGCAGAAGCCAGAGGAGGAAAAGGGAGUUAGAUUGAAGAAAAAAGAAGCUCCAUCUUAUGAUAAAACUGAAGUUGUUGAACUUCCAACCAAGAGAUAUUGCACAAGGCAACAGAAAAAACAGGCAUUGUCUCCUUUGGAACACUCCACAUCUUGCCUUGAAAAGUCUCCAUUAAAAAGGGCACGUCAGAGUAAUGAGGAUAAUCUAUUUUCUGAUUCGGAAGAAUCUGAAGACUCUCAACCACUAGUAAGAAGAAGUCGCCGAAGACACCAGGAAAGAGAGGUUUUGGACUCUGGGAAUAACUUCGAUCCUCUGUGUAAUCGCAACACGCAACUGGAAGAAAGUCUCAAUCUGAUAGGUGAAGAUAGUUCUUCAGAUUUUGAUGAAGACGGCUUGAAGUUGUUGGAAGUGGAAUCGGUGAAUACGGACAACAAAGAUAAUGUUUUUGAUUUGCCACAUUUUGUAGCUGCAUCAUCUACUCCAAAGGGUGACCUGGAAAUGUCUAUGAUUUGCCACUCUUCUCCACAGUCUGAUUUCUGUCCUCCACAUUUUGAUGAAGCUCUAGAAAUGGUGGAAGAGACACACAUAAAAUCAUGUAGGGUUGAAGAAUGCUUUGUGGAAACAGGAACUGAUUCCAUCUUUGAUGAAAGUACUGCACCAGAUGUUCUUGCCAGUAAAUAUGAUCAUCCAAGUUUUCAAAAUGAAUUAAUUUUAAGUAAAAAUCUUAUCAAGGUUAUACCCCAUAUACCCAAACAUAUAGCUUUUGGUUGUUAUGAUGGUCUUCAAUGCUUAAUUGGUUUUGCAAGAAAGGAUAUUGAGAACAUCUUUGGUGAAACUGCAAAGAGAUUAAAGGUGAUCCAAGGCCGUAGAUCUUCAAAAUUAUGCAAGGUGGAGGCUGCUUAUAACUACCAUUCCUCACUUGGAGUCAUUAAAUCCUUUUUUUAUAUUGAUGACAUAACUAGAGGUGAAGAAAGAGUGAAAGUUUCCUUGGAGAAUGGAAGAAAUGCUGAAGAUCUGCCAAUCUUUUUUUACAUCCCCAAUAAUUUAGUUUAUAAGAACGCCUAUGUGAAAUUUUCUCUUGCUCGUAUAUCUCAUGGGGGUUGCUGUUCACAUUGUUUUGGGGAUUGUUUGACAUCACCAAUACCUUGCCUCUGUGCGGCUGAAACUGGGGGUCAGUUUGCAUACACUCCAGGAGGAUUCGUCACGGAGAAGUUUCUGGAAGAAUGUAUAUCCUUGAAGCGGGAACGUAAACAAGACCACUACUUGUAUUGUAGAAACUGCCCACUUCAAAGGUCUAAGAAUAAGAAGAGUUCCGUGCCGUGCAAAGGCCAUUUGUUACAGAACUUUAUUAAGGAAUGCUGGUCUAAAUGCUGGUGUAACAAGAAAUGUGGAAACCGGAUUGUUCAGCAAAGCAUCACUGUGAAGUUGCAGGUGUUUUUGACACCUGAAGGGAAAGGGUGGGGUCUUCGAACGCUGGAGGACUUGCCAGCAGGGGCUUUUGUUUGUGAGUAUGUUGGAGAGAUAUUAACCAACACAGAACUACAUGAGCGAAAUGUGGGAAGUCCUGGUAACAAGAAUACAUGCUACCAAGUUCUACUAGAUGCAGGCUGGGGUUCGAAGGGUGUCUUGAAAGAUGAAGAGGUACUUUGCUUGGACGCUACCGUUUAUGGAAAUGUUGCGAGAUUUAUCAAUCACAGAUGUUCUGAUGCUACCUUGGUAGAGAUCCCUGUGGAAGUGGAAACCCCAGAUCAUCACUACUAUCAUAUUGCCCUUUUCACAACAAGGAAGGUUGAUGCCAUGGAGGAGCUGACUUGGGACUAUGGCAUCGACUUUAAUGACUCUGAUCAUGAUAGUGGCCACCCCAUGAAGCCCUUCCAUUGUCUCUGUGGAAGCCCGUUCUGUCGCGAUCGUAGUGAUAUGAAGGGUGAUGUGCGCCUACUCACUUACGUCCGACGGCGACGUAGAGUGCAGCUUCAAGCAUGAUGCUCUUCAUGUUUCUAACAUAGAUGGGAUGCUUUUUUUAAAAUUAAAUUUCUAAUUUUGAAAUCAGUUCUGCUGUGCUGUCUAAUUGGUAAAAUCACUCAAGCAGAAUCUCCAAUUUUUGCAAACAUAAAUUUUUCAUUCCUAAUCUCAGUGGAUUUGGUCAAAAAUGGCAAAAUUCAGGUCUGACAGGGUUUAUCUCUA